AUGAGGAGCUUUCCGGUGCAGUUGAUACACAGAGCCAAAGCGCGGAAAGACAAGUGCCAUAUCUGCCAAUGUGAAUACGAGACAACCGACAAGAUCUUGACGCUCCCGUGCAAGCACUUCUUUCACCCUGAUUGCAUCAAAGGAUGGUUCAAGGAAAAUCGGACUUGCCCUGUGUGUCGUUUUGAAGUUGAAAAAUGA